GCUCGGUUCCUUCAAAGGCGGCAGCGCGCUGCGAAUUGCUGACGCUGUGCUGCGUCGGCUACAAGGUGAUGAGGCCAAGCCAUGUUUGCUCUGCGUCGACACCUUCCUCGGCGACACGGCCAUGUGGCUGAACCACAAUGGCUGGAGGCAGUGGCUGAUGCGACUCGGUGGAACCGCAAGCUACUCAAUUUGCUGUUAA